UGUCAGCGGUAGCAUGUAGAUGGAAGUGUUUGAAGCAGAAACGAGUUAUAUUUAUAACGUACAUAACGUUUAGACGUUUUAUAUUGGCUGGCUAGCUAGCUAGCUAUAUCACUAACCUCAUUAGGAUAAACGAUUGCUUUCAGGGGUGAACUGUCUACGCUAUAUUAAAACUGCCUGUCGAAGUAGACGCUUCCACUGAAGGAGGAGACGAUUCUCCGAUUUGACAAUGAAUCAGUUUGACCAUUUGAAAGAUGACGACAGCGGAGACCACGAGGACUCGGUCGCGACCCGAGAAGAGAAGAACGACACCGACAGCGGCUCGGUCAACAACAACAAUAACAACGGCCGACGGAAGACCAUCUCCCCGGGAGUAGGGGAGCACCCGCUUCAGUACAACUACACCUUCUGGUACUCGCGGCGCACGCCCAGCCGACCGGCCAACACACAGAGCUACGAGCAGAACAUCCGGCAAAUCGGCACCGUGGCCUCGGUGGAGCAGUUCUGGAAGUUCUACAGUCACCUGGUCCGGCCUGGAGACCUGACGGGUCACAGCGACUUCCACCUCUUCAAGGAGGGCAUCAAGCCUAUGUGGGAGGACGAGGCCAACAAGAACGGGGGGAAGUGGAUCAUUCGGUUGCGGAAAGGGUUGGCCUCACGCUUCUGGGAGAACAUCAUCCUGGCCAUGCUGGGGGAGCAGUUCAUGGUGGGAGAGGAGAUCUGCGGAGUGGUGGUGUCCAUCCGCUUCCAGGAGGACAUCCUGUCCAUCUGGAACAAGACGGCCAACGACCAAGUGACCACGUCCCGCAUCCGGGACACGCUGCGCAGGGUGCUCAACCUGCCCCCCAACACCAUCAUGGAGUACAAGACACACAACGACAGCCUCAAGGACAACUCCAGCUUCCGCAACACGAAGAUCACAUUGUGAAGACCUGGAGAGCAAGGGAUGGAUGGAUGGAUGGAUGAAUGAAUGAGUGGGCGGGGGAUGAAUGAUGGACGGAUGAGUGGGUGCACCUCUUUCUCUCUCUCCCCUUCUUUUUCCCAAUGAUGGACUUUGUUGUCUCUGCGAUCAAUGAAUCAGUGACGGAACCAGACAAGACCGACGGGAGAGCGAAAGGGGAGACCCCAAGGGACCACGUCAAGUGACCAUGACAGUGGCCUCGCGCCACACAGCAGCACAACUCAUGUUUCAGUCCCCCUUCUUUUGUGACCUUUGCUUAUAUCUGCGAGUGGGCGUUCGGAACCCUCAGAGCCACUGAUGUCACAUCCUGUAUUUUCCACUGAACAAAAUAUAAGCCUUCUAUUAUGUUUCCAGAAUGCAUGUGAUACAGAUCUAGCCUGGUGCAACACAGAUUUUUUUUUACAAGGGAUGGUAUUUUUUGGUAAACAUAAUACCUAAGGUUUUUUCAGGCCAUCAACACUGAUGAGUUGAGAACUUGGAACAAGAUAUUCAAAAACCUCUGCUUAAAAUGCAAAGACUUAAUCAAAGAUAAUCUCGCUCGACAUGGCACACUGGUUUUCUCAGACGUCAUGUGUGAAAUAGCCAGUGAGUAUACCAGUGUUUCUGCCCCAAAGUUUCAGUUUGUGUUCUUUUGUUUUUAAGGAGAUAACAUCCAUCUCGAGUGCUCUGUCUUAGGAAGCAGCGUCAGUCAGACAUGUUUGUACCCUCUGCACAAUCUCACAACUGAAACCAGUCCAAUAUUCCUGGCACUAAAAAGGCUGACUUUGUCAGGUGUAUCAGUUGGUCCAGUUGCACACGUUUUGGAAGACCAGCAUGAUUUCUUAUUUUCCAGC